CCCUCCCUCCCUCCCUCCCUCGCGCGGCGCCGCCAUCUUGCCAGCGGACAACCGGAGGGGCUGAGCUCCGCCGCUGCCUCUGCCUCUCCCCCUCCCCUCCGGCCGGGCUGCCUUCUCCCGGGGCCGGGGGGCCGGAGCCGGCAGGAGAAAUAUUAGUAUCAAAGAAUGCCAACAACUGCUUCACCAAGUGGAUGCAUUGUGCGAGAGGUCAUUAUUUACAGCUACCAGCUUUAUUGAACUCUUCCUUACAUUUCAUCCUUAUUUUCUUUUAGAAGCGGAAAAACAACUUCGGUUUGAUGUUUUGUGUGCCAUCAACUGAAAUUGGGGCCAUCAUGAAUAUAACCAAGGGUGGACUGGUGCUGUUUUCAGCUAAUUCCAAUUCGUCGUGCAUGGAACUGUCGAAGAGGAUUGCUGAGCGCUUGGGAGUUGAGAUGGGGAAGGUUCAGGUUUAUCAAGAGCCGAACAGAGAAACAAGAGUGCAGAUUCAGGAGUCUGUGAGAGGAAAGGAUGUAUUUAUCAUCCAAACAGUUUCAAAGGACGUGAAUACUACGAUCAUGGAACUCCUGAUCAUGGUGUACGCUUGUAAAACCUCCUGUGCCAAAAGCAUUAUUGGAGUGAUUCCUUACUUCCCGUACAGCAAGCAGUGCAAGAUGAGGAAAAGAGGCUCCAUUGUCUCUAAAUUACUGGCUUCAAUGAUGUGCAAAGCUGGACUAACUCAUCUUAUUACCAUGGAUUUACAUCAGAAGGAAAUACAGGGCUUCUUCAAUAUUCCAGUUGAUAACUUGAGAGCAUCUCCAUUUUUACUACAGUACAUCCAAGAAGAGAUACCAGACUACAGGAAUGCUGUAAUUGUGGCCAAAUCACCUGCAUCUGCAAAGAGAGCACAAUCAUUUGCUGAGCGCUUACGGUUGGGAAUUGCUGUGAUUCAUGGAGAAGCUCAAGAUGCUGAGUCUGACAUGGUGGAUGGUCGACACUCACCACCUACAGCCAAAAAUGUAGCUGCUAUUCACCCCAGUUUGGAGAUACCCAUGCUGAUUCCCAAGGAAAAACCGCCCAUCACAGUUGUUGGAGACGUAGGAGGAAGAAUAGCUAUCAUCGUGGAUGACAUUAUAGAUGAUGUUGACAGCUUUCUUGCUGCAGCUGAGACCCUCAAGGAAAGGGGGGCUUAUAAGAUCUUUGUGAUGGCCACACAUGGCCUGUUAUCAUCAGAUGCUCCCAGGCUGAUCGAGGAAUCUGCAAUCGAUGAAGUGGUUGUUACAAACACAAUUCCACAUGAAAUACAAAAACUCCAGUGUCCUAAAAUCAAGACUGUGGACAUCAGCAUGAUCCUCUCAGAAGCCAUUCGCAGGAUCCAUAACGGGGAGUCCAUGUCGUACCUUUUCAGAAAUAUAGGACUGGAUGAUUAAUGCUUUUUAUUUGAAAGAAGCACCCGGGCCAAACUGGAAGCAAACAGAUAAUGAGCUGUGAAGCGUCAUGCUUACCUUAAUAUUUCUAUUGAGCCACUUUUUGUUUUCUCUUGGUUUAAGGUAGAACAGUUUUUAAGAGUUGUGUUUUUCUUUGCAGGGUUUUGUCUUUUGGGGUGGGGUGGGUGGGGAAUAAACAUUUUACAAAAAACUGUUCUAGUUGCUUUUAGGUUAGUUGCACUAUAUACAUUAAAAAAAAAAAAACAACAACAACAAAAAAAACCCCCAACAACAAAACAAAAAACCCACAAAACACUUGAGGCAAGAAUUUGGCUUCUAAAUUAAGCAUUCCUUUUCCAAAGCUGCUUGCUGCAAGUGCUUUAAAAGAUAAUAAAAUGAAGUGACUGUAUAAUAUUUGCAUUUUAAAAGCCAAAAAGGUUGUACUGUUGUAUGCAGUUAAGUGAUUUUGUAGGAGUGCUUUUAUAGAAAAGCAUAUGAAAUAUGCACCUGUAUUUAUUUUCUGCGAUGAAGAAUAAAGACUUGUUUUGCGUGAGCUUUCUAAAAAAGUUCGUGUACCAGUCACUUGUCUUCUGCAGCGUGUCCCCUUAAAAAUGAUGGGCAGGUAUUACCUUACUGAGAGGGAUCAAGAGGUGAAUUGAUUUUUUUAUGCUAAUGUGUUGCUUUGGAAUAUGAACAGGAUUCAGGCUUGCUGGCAGUAAGGGGAGUAACAUGCAUUUUGCUUGUUGUUACAGUGAAACACCUGCAGACGAGGAGGAGAGGCUGCUUUUCCCAAUACUGAUACUGAUUGUCGUUUGUAAAACGCAAAAUCAAACCUUUCACCAUCCGCUUGCAGGUGCUUAUCACAAAGGUU